CUUGCUCCCUCAUCAUGUCUUUGUUUGUUCCAGAAGAAGAAGAGGUGCUUGAGGUCCCAGUGUACACUCAAACCAUCGAGGAUAUCCAGGUGGCGGAGGAGGAGGAGGAUCCGGUGGAAUGGGAGAUUCCCGUGGCGAUGAACCCGCUCCCAGCAUCAGGUCCCGGUGAAGAGGUGACAUUUUCGCUCCUCCAGUUCCCGGGUCGUCCGGCAAAACGCCCGUAUAAUAUCGAAACCGAGUCGAUGCCGCUCCACUCGCGCUACAAAGAAGCGUCCCAGUCCAUCGAGCUUGAGAUUCCGAUGAACACCGGUCGCUUCUACGACGCGCUCAAGGCAGACAGCUGGAACCAGGUGACGACCCAGACGCUUGGCGGGCCGUUCGUAGAGACUGACGGCUACUACGUUGGGGUGCUUGACCAGGGUAUUAUGAAAUUGAUUCCGUUGCACAGGUCAGCCCAGUUGCGGCCUACGUUCACGCACAUUGACGCGAAGAAGGAUGCUGAAAAGGCGAUGCUCAAGGAUGCCAUGAAGGCGGAAAACCCGACAAAAUCCAAGGAGAUUUUAGUGCAAAUGUCUGUCAAAAGUGCGUCUGAUCAACAGCCACGUCUUGGAGGUUGUUUGGCGGCCACCAAGAAGUUUGACGAGGAGGAGUGGGAGGAGUUGGAGUGGGUAGACGAAAGUUUGGAGCAGAGUGAGACCGUCCGCAGGGUUCUUCUCAGAUCGAAUGAUUUGAGCAAGGUGGUGGAGAGCAAGAUGAGUGCUGAUGAGUACAGUGCGAUGUUGUUCAGCGCGUGAUGAAUUGUAUAUUAAAGAUAAUAAUGAAUGAAGUAGGUAUGGAACUUGUGAGGUGUGGUAUUAGAUCUGGUUGAGUUCUGACCAAUAGAAGUCGGUCUGGGACUGUCGUGUUGGUAAUAAUUUACCCGGAGCUUCCGUUUCUAUAUCAGAUGGAAGAGAGGAUCAAAAGAGAAUCAAAAGAAAAUCGAAAGAAAAUCGAAAAGGUGAUUGAGAGGGUGAUUUAAAAGGUGGUUAAAAUGUUAAUUGAAAAGGUAACUGAAAGUGA